AUGACAGAACGGACCAGUCUCAACAGGGGCACUUCUUCCUCCGCUUACCCAAAAGAACAUCCUUCUCAAUUUGGAGUCGAACUAAGGAUCCUGAGUCAAGCUGGCUUAUCAUCGCCAAAUCCGGACCCAUCGUUGGCUAAGGAAGAACUGUUCAAGUACUCGGUUGAGCUAAUUAUAAAUUCCUACCUGGACCAAUCCGACGAUCGGGCGGUCAAGUUGGUAUUGGACUUGAUCGAGGAACCCCAUGAACCAGCCAGCUUGCGCAACUUGAAUCCAGCACGGCGUGAAGACGAGCUGGCUGCACCGUUUGACACUCUGGGCCAGGACGCACUAGAGUUUUGUAUACCUCCACCAUAUCGUUCACCCUCAAUAACAGCCUCCGAAACUCUCCUGGCUGGAGAUCGGGCUGAUGGCUCGACCGGUUUACACAGGCCUUCAAUUCGCUCUCAACGAACUCGUCUCAGAUCCCUCAAGCCGUGGCACUCGUUCACCUCACUCGCCAAACUAGAUCCCACUUAUGACCUUAAACUACUAUCAGCCACUUCAUCGCCAGACUCACAACGGCGCGGGUUUUGGUUGAUACCGGUAUGGAAGUCCAGUGUGACGCGGAGCGACUAUUAUGGUCGGUUUGGUGAUGUCAUCAGCUUGCCCACUUGGGCAGACCCCAAACUAUUGCGAUCAGUCAAACCAACUUCAAGCACUCCGGGGACGACGCAGGACGGCCGGACACCAACUCCAAUUGUCUGGAAUCCUAUCCGACUCAGCCUGUUUUGGAAGGUGAUCUGUAUAAUUUGCGAAAAACGGAAACUUGGUGACGUCUCUGCUACGGCGAUGGCUACCUCUCAAACGAAAGACAUGCUCCCAUACACCAAACCAAUUCCAACUAACAGCAAAUCGAUCUCACCAGAGCCUGAAGACGUCUUCGGAGAUCACAUCAGAAUCUGGUCCAACCUUCAAACUUCGUUGAUCGUCCGGCGAGUAAUAUCUGAUAUUACAAUCAGGUCUUCUAUCCAAGCUAAUGGGACAAACCAGGAAUCUUCCGUACCAUUCCUUAGUCUAAGUCUCAGCCGAGAAGAAUUGGAGGAGCAAGCUGGAGAGUACGAACAAAAAUGGAUGAAGGAGUGUGUAUUUAUGUGGCUUGAUGAUACUGGAACACCCAGAGGCUAUGGAUAA